AUGAUUUCCUUCAUAAAUAAAGUCAAAGAUAUAAUUAAAUGUAUAAAACACUCCCAAGUGUUAAAUAGUAUUUUUGAUGGAAUUAGAAAAGCAAAAAACUGCACCAAAAAUUUGGUUUUACCAGUUACUACCGGUUGGGGUUCCCAAUUGUUUUGCUUACAAUCGAUGUCUGUUUGUAAAGAAAGUAUGCAAACUUUGGCUCUAAAUGAAGAGGAUGGUAAUAUAUUGGGCCGCGAUAAAAAACAAACGCUUGUGGAUGAGGAAAUUUUCUUGGUGCGUAUAGAAAGUACCAAAGCUCUUAUGGAGCCAGUAGUAAACUGGAUUUUAAAGUUAGAAAGCAACGAAGAUGCAAUACAUCUAUGUUUCAAAGCAUUCAGUGAAAUUCAAGAAAGCAUAGCGAAAAACUUACCGCUCUGUGUUACAGAAAAAUGA